AUGAGUAGCGCUGAAAACGAUCCGUAUAAAGAAGUGGUUAGAGGUGAUAUUCAUGAUUAUUUUCAGAGAAAGGAAAAUAUUGAUCUGAAGAGUAUUGAUAUUACAAUUCAUAAAGAUCUGGAUGCUACAGUGAUGUAUAAAACGCCUGCAGAAAUUGCUUUCGAAAGGCGGCAACUAAUGAAUCAGUUCCAACGAUUAGCGAAAAAAGCAGCUGUGAGUCAUCGAGAAAAAGUGGAGAAAUUUAACCAACAAAUGAGUGAAUUGACUGAAUUCAAUGAUAUUCCUAAAGUCUCGUGGACAAAGUGA